UUAUCCUUGCAUGUCUGCAGCUCCUCCUUCUCAGUCCUGAUCCCAGCCCUCUGCCUGCAGAGUUCCCAGGAGUGAAGGGGGUGUCUCACAAAGAGGGAGGGCGAGAGGAUUUUAAAAAGUGAUUUCUGCUUUGCUGAGCAGCAUACCUGUGGUGAUCUGGAAAGGUGGACAACCCUGGACCAGAGGACAAUGCCCCCCCAAGAGUUGUCCAUGGAAUACACGUCACACUUUGCACCCCCUGUGCCACCUCACAUGCCAAAACCUCUGCCACCAGCUGGUUGUCAAGAGAAGAAUCUGAAAUGCGUGCUACUGGGAGAUGGGGCAGUGGGAAAGACCAGCCUUCUGGUCAGCUACACCACCAAUGGCUACCCGACUCGCUACAUUCCCACCGCUUUUGAUGACUUCUCAGCUCUGGUGCAAGUGGAAAACACUCCUGUGAAGCUGCAACUGUGCGACACUGCAGGGCAGGAUGAAUUUGACAAGCUACGCCAUUUCUGCUACCCCAAAACAGACGUCGUCAUCUUGUGCUUCAGUGUUGUCAGCCCGUCUUCUUUCCAGAACAUAUCAGAAAAGUGGAUCUCCGAGAUCCAGUGCCACUGCCCGAAUGUGCCACUUAUUCUAGUGGGCACACAGUCCGACCUUCGCGAGGAUGUCAAAAUAUUGAUCCAGCUGGCACGGUAUCGAGAGAAACCUGUGCCUGCCUCCUCUGCCAGAGCCCUUGCUGAGAAAAUUGGGGCUGUUGCUUAUGUUGAGUGCUCUGCUCUUACUCAAAAGAAUCUGAAAGAGGUUUUUGACACAGCUAUUCUCUCAGGCAUCCGCUAUUCUGACCUAAGAAACCAGCGGGAGAGGAAAAUGGCAGCCACGGCUAGCAAAAUGAAGACUUUGUCUAAAGCUUGGUGGAAAAAGUAUGUGUGUGUGUAAGACUCUCUCACCGCUACUGUGCCAGCUAAGUGCCUUACCCAAAGAGCUAGCACUCAGAACUAGAGAUUCAUAUCUCUCUGUGAACGGUGAAUAGGAGAGUUCCUUGUCCUGGACCAAUAUCUAGUGUACGCCGAUGUAAGACUGUGAAUGGGGCACACUACUGACUAAAUUCCAAUGCAAUGCAUAGCCCCUGGAGACCCUGUAUCUGGGUGGUAGAUUAACCUACAUAACGACAUUCUGACACUUCUUCUCAAAGGGAUAUACCCAAUUUGCACCUAUGUUUACACUGGUUAGUAUUCCAAGCUGGAAUGUGUCAGAAUGAAAAGUGGUGACCGGGAUGACGCCUGUACAGAAUUAAUAUAAUAAUUGCUUUGAUUUGCUCCUUGCAGUGGUAGAUGAAUUCCAAAUAUGGCUUCUGUUGUAAGAAGUGUGUAAAAUAUGGGUAUUGUAAUACUGUGUAUUAUGUAUGGACACUUGUGUUUGUGACUGAGGGGAUGACUUUGGCCAUGUUAGUCUUUGAUAAACAGUUUGAAAAUAUGGGACUGUCUCAGAAUUUGCAUCAGCCUUAUGGUUUUUGCAUCGUGUGGCACCAAUUGUUGGGGAACUAAAAUUUCCCGCCUUCCAGCCUCUGGAUCACAAGGUAUUAUGUGACUUGUAGUUCCUCAGCAGCUGGGAGCUAUUGGCCAAGCUUGAGUAAAGCAGUCCUAUUUCUUCAAUACCAGUGAGCUGUCACCCCUAGUCAUAACACAACAGACUCCUCUUGUAUCUGUCUCAGAGAUAACGCUUUACAAGCUUUUAAUUGGGACACACAUUUUCUCAUUUCAUGUGAUUCUGUUUGAAAAUAAAAUCACUUUUAUUAAUUA